AUGAGGUGCCGGAGGUUGUGUGAGAAGAAGGUGUCAGGGAAGUGCCAUGUGCCGAAUGAAAUCAGGGAGGACUAUGUCAAUGGGGGUGAAUCACGUGAGAUCGUAGAGCUAGCGCUCCUGGAUGCUUUAGCAAAGUAUGGAGUGCUUCGUCAAGCCUACAAGAAAGUGAAGAAAGAGUUCAUCACCCGCGUUCAAGUUCUAAAGGAACGCCUUUCCGAGAAGUCCAAGGAGACAUGGGGGCGAUGGAUGACGGAAGAGAGAAUGCGCAAGGACAAGGACCUGAACCUUAGUGCCAAGAGCAUUAAGGAUAUCAAGGCCUUCUGCGACAAGUUCCCUGAGACACACAAGAGGUCAGGGUGCAUACCAUGGCAAAAUUGGCUCUCGUAA